UUUCACUGAUGGAGAUGAAACCUCCUAUUUCCCGAGCAAAAAUGAUUCUCAUCACAAAAGCUGCCAUUAAAGCUAUUAAGCUCUACAAGCAUGUUGUCCAGAUUGUAGAGAAGUUUAUCAAAAAGUGUAAACCAGAAUAUAAAGUCCCGGGAUUGUACGUUAUUGACUCUAUUGUUCGUCAGUCUCGUCACCAGUUUGGAACAGACAAAGAUGUUUUUGGGCCAAGAUUCUCUAAAAAUAUUACUGCCACAUUCCAGUAUUUGUAUCUCUGUCCAUCUGAAGACAAGAGUAAAAUAGUCCGUGUCUUGAACCUUUGGCAGAAAAAUGGAGUAUUUAAAAUUGAAAUAAUUCAACCUCUUCUGGAUAUGGCAGCAGGAACUAGUGCCACAGCACCAAUGACAGAAAAUGCUACUAAUAAUGAAGGUUCGCCGCCCCCUCCAGCAAAGGUUCCUUUGGAGCCCCCUCAAGUUACUGCUAACUCAGUACCUACUGUGCCACAGUUGCCCAGUUCUGAUGCCUUUGCAGCUGUAGCUCAGUUGUUUCAAACAACGCAAGGACAACAGCUUCAGCAAAUUCUUCAGACUUUUCAACAGCCUCAGAAACCCCAGUCACCGGUCAUAGAUAACACUGUGAUGGCUCAGGUUCAAGCUAUUACUGCUCAGCUGAAAACUACAGGAGCACAACCACCAGAACAAAAAGCUGCUUUCCCACCACCGGAGCAAAAAACAUCAUUUGACAAAAAGCUGCUAGAUCGGUUUGACUAUGAUGAUGAACCAGAAGCAGUGGAAGAUUCAAAGAAAGAAGACUCAGCUCCUUCUCCUUCAGUUUCUCAGCCAGCUUUGACCUCUCUCUCAUUCAGUGCACAGGCUGGAUGGUGCUCUAUACCUGGUGGGUUUCCAGGAGAAGGUAUUCAACAGCCAGUAUUUCCUCAACUCCCAAAUAUGGAUCCUUUUCAGCAGCGAAUGAUGGGCAUACAACAGGAUCCAAUGCGUCACCAGGUUCCACUUCCUCCUAAUGGGCAAAUGCCAGGUUUUGGUCUCCUGCCUACCCCGCAGUUUCCACCCAUGGCUCAGCCUGUGAUUCCACCAGCAGCACCUGUACAGCAAACCUUUCAAUCACCUUUUCCAGUACAGAGUGAAUCACACAUGCAAAAACCACAUCAGCAGGAUAUGGAAGUGGAACAGCCACCUAUUCAAGAGGGAAAACGGCAUGUUUCUGACAACAGAAAGUCAAGAUCUAGAUCUGCAUCAAGGUCACCUAAAAGGAGACGUUCGAGAUCUGGCUCCCGAUCUCGACGGUCACGUCAUCGUCGAUCUCGAUCUCGGUCCAGGGAUAGACGCCGACACUCUCCCAAGUCUCGGUCACAAGAAAGACGUGAACGUGAGAGGGAGAGAGAACGCAGGUCAAAAGGUCUUCCUCAGAUCAAGUCAGAAACUGUUAGUGUUUGUAGUACUACGCUUUGGGUAGGACAACUUGACAAAAGGACAACUCAGCAGGAUGUUGGAAGUCUUUUGGAGGAGUUUGGCCCAAUUGAAUCAAUAAAUAUGAUACCACCUAGAGGAUGUGCCUAUAUCGUAAUGGUUCACAGACAAGAUGCUUACCGUGCCCUACAAAAACUGAGCCGAGGAAACUUCAAAGUCAAUCAGAAGUCUAUAAAGAUUGCAUGGGCUUUGAAUAAAGGAAUAAAGCCAGAUUACAAGCAGUAUUGGGAUGUAGAAUUAGGUGUUACUUAUAUACCAUGGGACAAAGUGAAACCUGAAGAUCUUGAAAGUUUCUGUGAAGGAGGAAUGUUGGACAACGAAACUCUUAGUCCAGAGUGGAAGGGGAUUCCCAAGAAAUCUGAAAAUGAAGUAGCUCAAAAUGGAGGUGCAGAAGCUACACAUAAUGAACCGGUGUCACCUAUACCUAAAGCUUUACCUGUUCCAAUUCCCGUUCCCAUGCCUGCACCAAUAACAGUACCUCCUCCACAG